GCGCCGCGCAGCCGGGGCUGCGGACCGAGCUUCGUCUGCUGCUGCGGACCGACGGGCGGGCGGGCGGACGGCGGCGGCGACCGCAGGACCGGGGGAGAGGCGCGCGGGGCCCGGGAACCGCAGCCCCGCAGUCUCCCGCCCCAGCGCCAUGGACGGCCCCGACAACGCGACGCUGCUCUUCGCCCCGUCCUCGCUGCAGCCGGACAACUACACGCUGUCGCCCAAUGCCAGCAGCCUGCGCCCCGGCUCGGACCUGCCCGUCACCCUGAACUCCAGCGCCGGGCCCGGCCCCGGGCUCAGUCUCGCGCCCAGUCCCGGCGUCGGUUUCAGCCCCGGCCCCACGCCCACCCCGGAGCCGACGGCGGGCGGCUCGGCGGGCGGCGCGGCCAGCCUGGGCCCGUCCCUGUUCCCCCACCCCUGGGCGCACCCCCAGACCCUGUUCUGGGACACGCCGCUGAACCACGGGCUGAACGUGUUCGUGGGCGCCGCCUUGUGCAUCACCAUGCUGGGCCUGGGCUGCACGGUGGACGUGAACCACUUCGGGGAGCACGUCCGCCGGCCCGUGGGCGCGCUGCUGGCCGCGCUCUGCCAGUUCGGCUUGCUGCCGCUGCUGGCCUUCCUGCUGGCCCUGGCCUUCUCGCUGAACGAGGUGGCCGCCGUGGCCGUGCUCCUGUGUGGCUGCUGUCCCGGCGGGAAUCUCUCCAACCUCAUGUCCCUGCUGGUGGACGGCGACAUGAACCUCAGCAUCAUCAUGACCAUCUCCUCUACACUUCUGGCCCUAAUCUUGAUGCCCGUGUGCCUGUGGAUCUAUAGCCGGGCUUGGAUCAACACCCCCCUGGUGCAAUUACUACCGCUGGGGGCGGUGACCCUGACUCUCUGCAGCACUCUCAUCCCUAUUGGCUUGGGGGUCUUCAUUCGGUACAAAUACAACCGGGUGGCAGACUACAUUGUGAAGGUUUCCCUGUGGUCUCUGCUAGUGACGCUGGUGGUCCUUUUCAUAAUGACUGGCACUAUGUUAGGACCUGAACUGCUGUCGAGUAUUCCUGCAAGUGUUUAUAUGAUAGCAAUUUUUAUGCCUCUGGCAGGCUAUGCCUCAGGCUACGGCUUGGCUACUCUCUUCCAUCUUCCACCCAACUGCAAGAGGACUGUAUGCCUGGAAACGGGCAGUCAGAAUGUGCAGCUCUGUACUGCCAUUCUGAAACUGGCCUUCCCACCACAAUUCAUAGGAAGUAUGUACAUGUUUCCCUUGCUUUAUGCCCUUUUCCAGUCUGCAGAAGCAGCGAUUUUGGUCUUAAUAUAUAAAGUGUAUGGAAGAGAAAUAUUGCACAAGCGAGAUCCUCUAGAUGAAGAUGAAGACACAGAUAUUUCUUAUAAGAAACUAAAAGAAGAGGAAAUGGCAGACACUUCCUAUGGCACAGUGAAAGCUGAUAAUUUAAUUAUGAUGGAAACCACUCAGACUUCUCUCUGAACGUGAAGAUACAGAGGCUCUUCUAUCUUGCUGAAAUAUUACUUCAUCGUUAUGGUCUGUGGUAGUGAAUAUGGUUUACAUAAAGGAGAACAAAUGGUUCAUAUCAUCAUACGUGUCACAAUUAUGAUCUUCCCAUUGUAAGGUUGCAUUGGUGUAUUGACCAAGCGUUUUCCCAAAUUACAAAUCAAUGUCAUAAUAUAACUUGCACCUGGGACUGCUAGGGUAAAGCCUGAACAUGUUAAAUGUGCUCUUUGGUUUUUACCAUUACCAA